AUGCUUCCUGCAUUUCAGAUAAAUAAUUUCAAGCCUUGGACUCCCCUUCCCGCGAAACCGUAUCCACCACACAGAACACUCAAUGCGUGCUCCCCACAAACUUCAAAUACCCCUAACUCUGAGCCCUGUCAUGUUCUACUUCCAAGCACUUUGCCGCCUCCCAAACAUCACCUUCCGGCGCGACCGCCGGCCGAAGUAUGCGUGCAUGUCAAUGCCAACACCCAGCUGGAGUCAGAGACAUUCGGGCGUAGUACCGCGUCUCGACGGAGUUCUGGACCACAUGUUCCUGCUCCGGAUCUGAUCCGCCCCUGCUAUCCUCAGGACGAGACUAGGACCCCUACCGAGCCGCCUGGAUUCCAGGAUGAUGACGCAGCGCGUAGUGCCCCGUCUCCAAGUACAUCUAGCUCGACCGAUAGUCUAGAGGACUUCUUCAGGAUACCAGACUCGCCCCAAGACAACAUCCCCAUUGAUCCGGUAAUUCUUGCCAAUCUCGGGCCUUGGGAGAGUGACGACCUCCAGCUACAUGCUCCCCCAGCAGACGGCAUCACUAAUCCGGAGACAACCUGCCUGUAUCCUGAACCUCCAGCCAUUCUCAGAAGUCCAGCUAGCCGUUUUGAAGAGCCUGGCGAAAGGGAUGGUAGUGAUAAUGGCGGUAUUCAGUAA